AUGACGGAGAAGAUGUUAUCGAUUAGGGAUAAAAAGGAGAUUCGUGAUACCAAGGGAAAUCUGCUCUUCAAUGUCGCAGACAGGCUGCUAUCCAUUCCCAACAAGACCGAGAUUCUGGACGCUACAGCCCCGUUCUUCAGGUGUUUUUACAGGGUAAUAAUUCGGACAACCCGGACAUUACCCUUUCUGGCUCAUUUUUUUAACAUGAGUUCAAGGUCACCACCAGCAGUGGCAUCCUAUUGGCCGAAGUAG